AUGCAAAGAGCUCAUAAGUCAAUGAAGAAAUCAAGCAGCUCCUACACGCAGUUAAGCAAACAAUAUUACAAGGAAUAUUACAGUAAUAAUUCUACAAUUUAUGGAAUCGCUUUGCUAUUAAAUCAGCAUCUGAUAUAUGAGCUUCAUUCACUCGUUCCAUCAAAUAGUGCGUUUUUGUCGCUUCAUUUAUGUGAUUGCCAACACCUGGUGAAAUUUGUGUGCGAUAGUAAAACUUCUAUGACAUGA